GUCCACUGGGGUAUAAGACCUGUUGCCCUAGAAGCAGAAAGCAGACCCUGCCCUGGUGAACAAUGGCUUCGCCACUGGACAAGGGUGGACACCAUCCUCAGCUCCACGCAGGAACAAGCAGAGGCACGGAGUGGGCGCCCGGAUUACAGAACUCACAGGCUGAACCGAAACCUGGAGACCUGAUUGAGAUUUUCCGCUUGGCCUAUGAGCACUGGGCCCUCUAUGUGGGGGAUGGCUACGUGGUGCACCUGGGUCCUCCAGGUGACAUCACGGGAGCUGCGUUGGCCAACAUCAUGUCCUCCGGGACCGGGAGGGCCAUAGUGAAGAAGGAGCGGCUGUCCGUGGUGGCCGGGAAAGACAAGUACCGUGUCAAUAACAAGCAUGACCGGAAGUACUCUCCGAGGCCUCCCAGGAAAAUUGUGCAGCGGGCGGAGGAGCUGGUGGGGCGGGAGAUGCUCUACAAUCUGACCAGCGACAACUGUGAGCACUUCGUGAAUGAGCUGCGCUACGGAGUCUCCCGCAGCGACCAGGUCACUGAAGCGAUCAUGAAAGGUAGCAUGUUUACAGGCGUCCUCGGCAUGGGCUUGGCCAUGAUCGGGGCCCUCAUGACGGUCCAGCGGAACUGAGAAAUUGAGGAAGGGGCAGGGAAUGGAGGGAAACAU